AUGGGAUUGGGGCUGCCAGAACAAACAGGGUUCGAAAUAGUUUCCAAUGUUAAUACAUAUGAAGUUGCGAUCCUAGUAUUGAUAUACAUAUAUUGUUAUGAAGAUGAUAUACCUUUCAAACCAGAUUUGUUUUUCGACUUAAUUUCACCCACUAUUCAUUCUCCGGAAUUCAAUCCAUAUCUUGAUUCGGAUCGACGUCUACUCAAAGAAGUUCCAAUACCAAUAUUUGAAGAUGUUUCGAAAUGUGUACAAAAGCACUGUGGAAGACAAGCUGUAGUAGAAUUAUUGGGGUAUCUUUAUGCAAUUAAAGAUUUGGAUACGAUUACUCAAUUAAUUAGAACGUUAUACAAUAAAAAUAUAGUGGAAAAAUAUACAGAUUUGAACAAGAGGGAAGAUAAAGCAUUCAAGUGCGUCACAAGGAAAAGUUUCUUAGGUCGAUUCAUGGAGAGAUGUUACAAGAAAUUCCAUGUAGCCGAUUUUGAAGAAAAUACAAGAUUAUGGGACGAUUUCAAAACUGUGAACGAGUCAUUUAGGUGUUCAUUCCUACGUCGUCGUCGAAUAGAUGGAGAUUUCCCAAGACGUAAUUUUAGGCAUUUAAAUGAUGUAAAUGAUAUAAUGAAUAACAAUAGUUAUGACAGUAUAAUAUCGAUUUUUGAUGUUAUGGAAAACACAAUUGAUGCAAUAAAAUCCGGGUGUGAACGAACAAUCUGUAUAUCACCAGAGCAUUUCCAAAACUUAAUAAAUUGGAGAAUUUAUGAAAAUUAUAAAAUAGAAAACUCAUCAAGACCAAAUGUUUCGUCAUCAUCAUCACGAAUAGAUGACUUCUUAAAUAAUGUUUCAUUAAAUGAUAUGACUAAAUUCCCAUCAUUGCAUAUUCUUCGAUAUUUAAAAUAUGUUUCAAACUUAUAUUACAAAGAUGCCUUGGACUCAUUACAUAAAUAUUUUGACUAUAUGUUAUCACAAAAUUCCAAUAAUUAUUUCCAUCUUUCAUUAUUAUGUUUAGCUACAUUUUAUUCAUCAUUCCAUGAUUGUGAAGCAGCCAUGAAAGCAUUUGAAGAAGCGACGAAAGUCGCUAGAGAAAAUAAAGAUACAACGACACUGAAUCUUAUAAUGAUAUGGAUGGUCAAUUUCAUAGAAGAAUAUCCUCAAUAUUCGAAAAGAUUCCAAGUUACCAUUGAUCAAAUUGUUAAAUAUAUGAGACGGAAUUCAGAUAAUGAAAAUGUUACAGUUUUCGAAAAUGCUUAUAGAUUUGAAUCAUUACUGUUAAUAAUGAAUAAUAGUAAUGUCAUUGACAUUUUGGAAUCGUCAUUUAAAUAUAUGACUAUUGUUUUGCAACAUCCAAGAGCUGAAUCUACUUUAUUAAAUAUGAUAAGAUAUAGACGGAAUUUAUGGAACACGUUAGGGUAUACAAAUGUUGCUAAAAUGUAUCAAACGUUUUUGAAAGAACAAUAUGAUGAAACUGAUACCCUUCAAGACAUGUAUGUUAAUGGGUUAGAACAAAUCCAUGAGGGAAAUUUCAAUGAUUUUCUACAUAUUAGCGACAGAUUGAAAAAUCCAACGUUGACGUAUCAGGAAUCUAUGGUUUUAAAGGAUUUAGAGAUAAAAUAUUUGGUUGCUAUUCAAGAUUAUCAUCUGGCUAUGGAUAAACUUAACAUUAGAAAAGAUGAAUGUACUUCUUUAUUUUUUGAUAAAAGAUGGGAAUUUGAAUUUGACAUUGAAAAAUGUGACUUACUAAUAGAAAGUACGAAUGGUAUUCGUUGUUUACCUAAUUUACUGAAAUUACUUGAUUCCUCAUCGGUUUCAAGAAAUCAAUUUCAAGCUAUGGAAUGUUUAAUCUUAUUAAGUGAAUUACUUUUGCAAUUGGGAAAGAAAGACGAAGCACAAAUGUUAAUGAAUUCGAAUAUGGUUAAAGUGUUACAAUUCCCAUCCAUAAAAGAGAGAGCAUUUUCCAUUUUAAAUGCAUGA